GUUUGGGUGAAUAGAACAAUUCACUCAAACACAGUCUCGGUCUUAGGCUUGAUGUUACUUAAAUAAAAGAAUCGGAUAUUGAAUGGUGGUUUAAAAUCUACCCGUAAAAUGGCUAAAAAAACCACACCAGCUGCGUUGCAAACUGAAAUUGUUAAUAACGAUGAAUGGGAGAAAUUGCUCACAAAACCAGGUUUAAUAGUAGUCGAUGUAUAUUCCGAAUGGAGCGGGCCUUGCACGGGAAUGGUGAGCAUCCUCAAGAAAAUCAAAAUGGAAAUCGGAGGCGAUGCUUUAAGUUAUGCCACGGCGAAAUGUGAUUAUAUUACCGCCUUGGAGCGUUUUCAAGGAAAGAGCGAACCAACGUGGAUGUUCAUACACAACGGUCGUAUGGUGAAUCUAAUGUUUGGUGCUCAGUGUCCACAAUUAUUAAAAAUGUUAACAAUGGAAUUACAACGCGUACAAAAUGACGAAGAACACGAGUUUUCUUUAGAUGUAUCAGAGAGAAGUCCGGAAGAAAUAAAACGAUUGCAAAUUAUUGAAGAAACUAGAAUAGCCAAAGAAACGGCAAAAAGGGCUCGGAAAGAAGCUGAAGCUGUAGCGCGGUACGAAGCUGAAAUGUUGCAUUUGAUCACUUCGCUAAGUAAAGAAACUUGUCUGCUGCUUUACCCAUGGGUUUUUAAAGACGAAGAAGGUCAUAAAAGAGACAAAAGAUCAAGCCCCCCAUACGUAGAAUUAGUCGAAGAAAUUUUACCGGGAAAUUAUGCUAUUGAACACGAAAUACGAAAACGUCUUAACGAAGAUAUUCUCAGCUCCAUGUUUAAUGAAUCCGAUUACACGUUAACAUCGAAUGCAAAAAAACUACUUAUGGAUGGUAAAUGUAUGUUCAUGCGUUUGAAAGUAAGCGAAACGAAAUCGGAAACUGAUAUACAUGAGCAUUUGAUAAGUCUUUUAUUUGGAGAAGCAGAAUUACCCACUGCAGAAAAGAGUCUCAAUGAAGAGUGUUUUGCAGGUCGACAUCGUCCUAGCUAUGUAACAAGUGAGAAUGAAAACGAAGUUUUUCCACUUGUGUGGACACCGCCAAAUCCUCGAAACAAAGCAAUUGUCUUUCGCAACAUUUUUGCAACAUAUACUAACAAUACAUAUCCAUAUGAGGAUAAAACAGCCAAGGUGCCCAUAGUUGUAUUUAAAUACGAUUACACGAAAAAGAGCGAACUCAAAAUGAUUUUGCAAGAAUUUGAAGAUGAAGUAAUUAACUUUGGCAUUUUCGAGUCUGAUAAACCUCAAGAGGCGAAGCUUUUAGCGAAAAGUAUCACAGAAUUUGAGUCAAAUACAAGAGAAAGGACGGGUUACGAGACAUUCGUCUGCGUUGUGAAAAAGAUAGGGUGCGAAACAUUUUUAGGAUUCGCUGGUAUCGGACCUUAUCACGUGAGUGAAAAUCCAGAAAAAGCUAUCGAAGAAUCAGAGUUAUACUUUCCGGAUAUUACUGCCGCGGAUGAAACGCAAUCGGACGACGAAGAAAAACCAGAAGAGGCGACGGAAAAUCCGGAAGGGAACAUGAAUGAAACAUCUUAAAAUUAUAUAC